AGUUAAUUCAGUAACAAAUGGUAAGAUUGAUGAACGGAUGGACCAUCAAUCCACUACGCAGUUAAGGGACCAACUUUCCUCAAGUGAGGAAAUAGGAUCGCGACUACCACUUCCUUACACACCCGUGAUAAUAUUGUCAACGUCAUUCAUGCUUUUUCACCUAAAUUUCUUUAUCUUAGUGGACUAGGCAAUCAAUUUGAAAACUCUACACUGAGUUCCAAAGUUUAACAAAACCAUAAAAUGAAGAGUCCUACAAAUAUGUUCUGUUUCGUCGUGCAACAAGUUCCACUUUGGCUACACACUAAAACAAAAAACCUAACAAUUUUCCAUGAUUAAGGUCAAAUGUUUUGUGGUGGAUUUCUGACAGCCAUAUAUAUAUGUCAGAAAUGAGUUAUUUUCUUCUAAUGGUUAAGCAUCGUCUUUCGCAUUUCAACUAUCACUUUUUCAAAGUUUUUGGCUAUAAAGUUCACAACCAUAAGGUGUUUUAUCCACAUUGGAAUGUUUUCAACUAGAUCCACCCCUCUUUUAUAGUCCCUCAUUCCAAAAUAAAACACAAAUAACGUAAAACUUGUCCUAAGGAAGCCUAAGUUGUACGCUUUCUAUAAGGGCCGGACCAAGUAAAAGAAAAUAUAAAUUAAUUUGAAGCUAAACAUCAUAAGUUUGAUAAUAAUAAUCAAAGAAAAUUUUCCAAUUUAUCGUGACAAGGUUUGCAACAAAUCAAAAACAAUACAACGACAACGUGAAAAUAAAAUAAACAUAAAACAUUUUUACUCAUAAAUGAAGUGUCCUGGACCAUGAAGAAUGCAUGAGAAGACAGGGUAGGGAGCAAUUCUAGGGAAAGACGGACGACAACAAAACGUCAAACCUAACCUAUAAAAAUUAAAAACGUGAUUUAUAUAUAAAGAACCGUAAUGAAACAAAAAAAAAAAGUUAAUAGUGAAAAGUUUAAGAAAACCAAGCUAAUGAUGGGUCUUUUUAACAUAAUAGUUUCACUUUUAACCACAAACACACACAAAAAAUGUUUGAAAUGACUAAGAAAUUAAUAAACUAAGGGAAACUUAAAUGAUUUCUUAGUACAAAUUACAAAUACAUGAUGAAAACUGAAAAGGAACAAAUGCUUGAAAGUGCAUAGCAAUCAAGACAUUUUUAGGAAAUUACGAAUAACUUACACAUUUUGGUAAAGCACAAAAAAUCUCAAAGUCACAUUUUGGCAUAAUCUCUAAGGUUUCAACUUUCAAGAAUAAAUAAAUAAAUCAUCAAAUAAUUGAAAGCACAGUAAAACUAAAUUCUACAUCUCUUGAUAGUAAAAAAGAGAGUUGUGAUAAGGUGGUGGGGCCUUUUAUUUGGUCUUCUUUAUUUUGAGUCCAUAUAUAGAAAAAUUGGAAGAAGCUAAUCAAAAGGUUCAAAACUAAAACCACUUUUCAAACAUUGGAACUAUCUAAGUAUUGAACACAAAGAUGGCCAAAGUGUUGACACUACUUGUUCUCCGACUACUCAUGAAUCUCUCACUUAUCGGUUGGAUUUCUCUCUGGAUCAUCAAACCCACGACCCUAUGGAUACAAUCUUGGCGUCAAGCUGAAGAUACCGCCAAACACACUUUCUUCGGCUAUUACGGUCUCAACUUUGCCGUAUUCUCAUUCCCUCCUAUUGCUCUCUCUAUCGUUGGACUCAUUUACUUGAGUUUACUGCCACAACAUCAUCAUCCAACAAGUUGUAGAGGAGGUAGGAGUGCAGCUAUUACUGUCUCAAGACCAGCCAUUAUCAAUAGCUUCAUUGGAAUUGUGUCUUGUUUCGAGAUACUUGCUCUUCUUUUGUUCCUCGUCUUUCUUGCUUGGAACUUCUAUGCCCGCGUCUCUAACGACUUCAAGAAGCUGAUGCCUGUCAAAACCCUGAAUCUUAACUUAUGGCAGCUUAAGUACUAUAGAGUUGCUACAAGGUUCGGUCUAUUAGCCGAAGCAUGUCUCGCUCUUCUUCUUUUCCCUGUCUUGAGAGGACUCUCGAUGUUCCGGUUACUUAACAUUGAGUUUGCAGCUUCUGUAAAAUAUCAUGUGUGGUUCGGGACUGGUUUGAUUUUCUUUUCUUUGGUUCAUGGUGGAAGCACUCUGUUCAUAUGGACUAUUACUCAUCACAUUGAAGAAGAGAUUUGGAAAUGGCAGAGAACGGGUCGGGUAUAUGUAGCUGGACUGAUCAGCCUUGUAACAGGAUUACUGAUGUGGGUCACAUCACUUCCUCAAAUUAGAAGGAAAAACUUUGAAGUUUUCUAUUACACACACCAUUUGUAUAUAGUUUUUCUUGUAGCUUUCUUGUUUCAUGUCGGUGAUCGUCACUUUUACUGGGUGCUCCCCGGCAUCUUUCUGUUUGGACUAGACAAGAUACUUCGGAUUGUUCAAUCACGAACUGAAAGCUGCGUUCUUUCCGCCAAUCUCUUCUCUUGUAAAGCCAUUGAGCUUGUUUUGCCAAAGGACCCAAGGCUUAACUAUGCACCCUCAAGUUUUAUAUUCUUGAACAUUCCGUUGGUCUCACGGUUUCAAUGGCAUCCCUUUAGUAUUAUAUCGAGCUCUAGUGUAGACAAACACACAUUGUCUAUUAUGAUAAAAUGUGAGGGGGAUUGGACAAAUUCUGUUUAUAACAAAGUAGAAGAAGCGGCAAAUUCUGAAAAGAAGAUUAACAACAUAACCGUAAGAGUAGAAGGUCCUUAUGGACCUUCCUCGGUAGAUUUUCUCAGGUAUGAUAAUCUGUUUCUUGUGGCGGGAGGGAUCGGGAUUACGCCAUUUCUAAGUAUUUUGAAGGAACUCGCGUGCAAAAACCGCCUCAAAUCUCCCAAGAGAGUGCAGCUUGUGUUUGCGGUUAGGACAUUCCAAGAUCUUAACAUGUUGCUUCCAAUAUCCUCUAUACUCUUUAACCCAAUCCACAACUUAAACCUCAAGUUAAAUGUUUUUGUCACUCAAGAAAAAAAACCUUCCAAUGGUACAACAACAUUGCAAGAGUUCUUGGCUCAAUCACAAGUUCAGUCUAUUCACUUCAAAACCGACGAGGACUAUUCAAGAUUCCCAAUUCGUGGGCCAGAAAAUUUCAGAUGGCUUGCCACAUUAGUCCUUAUAACCGUGCUUACGUUUCUCGGCUUCUUGAUAGGUCUAAGCCAUAUCUUUAUACCUUCUGAACACAAGAAUCAUUCAGGGGUUAUGAAGUUAGCUGCUUCAGGAGCAAUGAAGACAGCUAAAGAAAAGGUUCCUUCAUGGGUUCCAGAUUUGAUUAUCAUUGUCUCUUACGUUAUAGCUAUCACAAUUGGUGGUUUGGCUGCAACAAUUCUUCCAUGGAGAGGAAAACACAGAGAGGCACCAAGAAUGACUAAAGAAGAAGUAAUUAAACCAGGGGAAAGAAACUUCACCGAGUUAAAACCAAUUCCUCUUAUUGAGGAACUUGAGAUACAUACCGGGGAAAGGCCAAAACUCGAAGAGAUAAUGUCGGAGUUUGAGAAGAACUUGAGAGGAUGGUCGAGUAUAGGAGUGUUGGUAUGUGGACCAGAGACAAUGAAAGAAGAUGUGGCAUCGAUGUGUCGCAAAUGGCCUCAGUGUUUUGGAGUAGAGGAUUCAGGAAGAAACAGAAUGAAGAUGAAUCUAAAUUUUCAUUCUCUUAAUUUUAACCUCUAAUCUAAAAGCAUUUUCUAAGAUUGUAUCGUUAGGGCAUCAUCAAUGGGAGAUCAUGUCAGGUUGUUCUUAGAGAAAAUAUAAUAUUAAAAUAAUGUAAGAUCAUGUGUUUAGAUAUUUUGUUUAGAAGUUGAUUAGUGGGAGAACAUGUGUAAGAUCUUAAGAUUUAAUAAUAUAAUAAUCUAAAAAUU